GGCAACAAGACAGGAAGUGGCGCGCAACUCUUGAAAAAAAAAACUGUCACACAACAAACUUAAGAUUAUUUGAGACUACCAAAGAGUUUAGCCUUCAAGUGGCUGCAAAAAUAUCACUAAAGCCACUUUUUAUGCUCACCGUGGCUCCUCCUUAUAAACACUCGUGACUAAUCUUAAAUUGCUGACUGUGACAAGAUGUCGUUUGUAAGAGCGGGGCGUACACAACAACAAAGCAAAGGAAAAAGGCCUGUUCGACAAAAAAAGGCAACGUGUCCUAAACGAGACUGGGUGAACACUGUUACUGACCUGUCUGUGCACAAGUUAACACCUGCUGAACUGAGUUAUCGGCAUGAGAUUCAUAAGUCACAUAACAAAACUGCAGCUCAGUGGGAGCUGAAAGAGAAAGCACUGAAACGGCGUUUAAGGCAUUCUGGGAGCCCUGUGCCCAUGGACCAGGCCAGCCUCAGCAUCAUUAGGGAGGUUUUCUCUGAUCAGCUGUUGCUGCAGGAUGUGUUGGCCCGCUCUGACAGAGCCAUGGCUGUUGUCAAAGACCUGUUUGGAGAUGCUCCGCGGAGACACACAGGGCAUCCCAGUGUGACCAUGGCUCCAAAUUGUGAUUCAGACUCAGAACUGCCUGUUAUCCAAAAACCAGAUCCUCCAACUCACCUGUCUCUCCUCAGCCAUUCUAUGAUGGAUCAAGAGGCUCUUAAUGAACUAGAAAUUUCAAACGAAAACCACAGAGAGGAGGAUGCCGAUCCAUCCUGCAGUUCAGAGAAUGAUAUAAUUCGAAGGGCCAAUGUACAAAAAAUGAAGACCCACUCUCGGAGUAGAGUGACACAGCAACAAAAAGGCAAGCACCCCAACAAUCACAGAGAAGACAGAGAUUAUGUUCCUGUGACUCCCUGCACAUCGGGAAGAGCACCAGAUCAAACGGCUCUGAAUGCCACUGUAGCUGUUCGGCGUGUUCGGUCCAAACAGAGUCAGUCAGAGGAAGAUGAGGAAGAAACCUCUGUCAUGGUCUCUCAGGUUCUGAAGCCUGAAUUUCCAUUCAGUAAAUCAGGAAGGAUCAGCAAUUACACGAAUGGGAUCAGGAAGGAUGUUUCUCAUAGUUUUGAUGUUUCAUCUGUUACCUCUCUCAGUGGGGAUCAGUCUACUCUGGGCCUGCUCCAGGCCAUGUUGGGUCAUGUGGAGGCAGAGUUAGACACCCUGAGUCCCGACACAGCAAGAGCAUCACCCCAGAGUUCAAAACAGCACAGAGCACAAGGCCUCACAGGUUUCUCUGUCGCCCUGGUCUCCACACUUGGCCGUUUAGUACACCUUCUCAAACAGCGGGAAGCUGAACCUCAGAAUGAGGCGGAGGGAAAAAGACUGGAGGAGGAGUUGAAAGAGCAGAGAGGGGUUAUUGAUGCUCUCACUGCUGAAACCAUGACUUUGAGAGAAGAAGUGGCUGCCCUGCAGGCAGGAUUACAGCAGCGCACAGCAGAACUGGAGCAGAGGUUGGACACAGUGGUGUUGGUGAUGGGAGGACUUGGGCUACUGGGAGAGCAAACAAGUCUACCCCAAGACUUUGAUGCCAGAGCUGCAGUCUGUCAGACUGCUCCAAUUCCUGAGGGAGUUCCUGAGCCAACACAAGUCAGUGUUUCACCUGCCAUUCUGCUCUCCCCACCUCGUCAGACAGAUAACUGGCUGAAAAGUCCUGGGACUCAACCUGUGCCCCUUCAACACCAGUUUCCCCCUGUAGAUUUUCUUGGUUCCUGUGAGGAUAUCCAGGCUGAUGGCUCUGCCUCGAGUCCCACUAGUUUACAACUCAGCAGACUUCCCUCCAACUCCUCACUGAUCUCUGACCUCCUUCACCUGCAGUCCUCUCCAGGCGCAAUGUUGGCUGAGAUUGCUGAGCUAAGCAGACAGAAUGAACUGAUCAAGGCUCAGCUCCAUCAGGCCAGGUGCCAUGGGUCAGGGGUUGGAACAUUACCCAGCAGCAACAAUGAGCGGAGAAGGUCGAGCCCCAUCAGCACAGGAAGACUCACACCUCAAAGUGUCGAGGAAAGGAGGAUGUGUGGGUCCAGCGGCACAGACAGGGCGAGCCAACACAUCCAAGCUCCAGACGAACAGGCCGCUCAGCAGGUGAAUUCCAUGUCAGAUGGCCGUAAAGCUUCAGAAACUCUUGAGCAGGCAACAUCAUCAAACAGCCUCAGUGUAAACAGUGUGGAGCAGCGCCUCCUGGAGCUCAACAAGCAGAGCGCAGCAGCUCGGAGUCGACUGCUGGAGCUCAUCGAGCAACAGAAGCAAAGUGUUGCAGUCAGAGGCUCUCCCUCUGUCUCUCCCAUUCCUCCCUCGGCCUUCAGCCCAAAUACAGCAGCCGGAGAAGGAAGCUCACAGACAUUGAAUCUGGUGCCUGAGCGGGAACCCCGGUUACAGGGUGGUGCAGAGAGACUAUCUGCUGGUUCUGAUGUGUCUUCUCGUAGCUUUGGGUUUGAAGAGAGGGAUGGAAAAUUACAGAAGGACAAGCGGAGGGAGCGAGAAGGCUGGUUUGCCUUAUCUACUCACGUAAAAUGACAAGUGGAAGGAGAACAAACCCAUUCAUUCAAAUCUGUUUUUUUGUGUUAUUUCUAUUGUUGGUGUUUUUAAAUGUCUGAAAUAAACUGUUUUUAAUUUUAAAA